GCCCGCAUCGAGAAGAAGCCCGCGUGGGGCCCGCACGCUGCCACAUUCCUCCAGCAGAAGGCUGACGAGCAGCUGACCGCUCUUGAGGAGCUCUUUCAAGAAUUUGUCACCGCUUGUGCCGUGGAGGUCCCCGUGGAUCUGACCCCUGAGAGCAGGGCUGCCUUCCUCAAGACAAUUGACGACCUGGAGGCCUCCCGCUUGGCCAGGGCAAAUUCCUACAAG